UGUCAUAGCUUUUAUCAGUCAGUGACAAAAGGCAAGAAAUGACACAUAUUAGUCAUAGCACACACUAAAAAAGCCAACCAAUAAGAGCUGUCCUCCUGGUCUCUAAAAAGAAAAAAAGAAAAAAACAGAAAAUGACGUGUGACACUCAUCAACUUUGUCCCUACUGUUUACAUAAACAGAUACUCAGAGGCUCUUGGCUCGCUCCUGCCUGAGUAGGAGGAUCACAUAUUGUCCUGGUGUUAAAGCAGAGUAGGCAGACACACAGGAAGAAGGGAAACAUGUUUUUUAUGACUCUGUUCUGUCUGCUGCUGCGGCCUGGCUUGAGCGCUCUAAUGAUUUCUCCACUGGAAAAGCCUUUUCAUCACUCCGCCAAUCUGAGAGUAGUUUCCUAUCCUGGUUCUUCUGAUUCCUCAGUGAGUGAGCGGCUGCGUCGGUCAGCUGUGAUACCUGAUAUCACCCAUCUGGAACUACUGGUAGUGGUGGGGCCUGAUGUCCAGCAGGUCCACAGGCAGGACACAGAAAGAUACAUCCUCACCAACCUCAACAUUGCCUCAGAGCUGUUGAGAGACAUGACCCUGGGCGCCAACAUGAGGGUGCACCUGGUCCGCAUGAUCAUCCUGUCAGAGCCAGAGCCAGAGAUCCAACUGUCUACCAAUAUCACCUCUUCUCUAAGAAGUGUGUGUGACUGGGGCAGAAGGAUUAACCCUUCAAAUGACACAGACCCACUACAUGCAGAUCUUCUGCUGUACAUUACAAGGUAUGACCUGGUGCUGCCUGAUGGAAACAAGCAGGUCAGGGGAGUAGCACAGCUUGGUGGGGCUUGCUCCAGUGAAUGGAGUUGUGUGAUCACAGAGGACACAGGCUUCGACCUGGGAAUCACCAUCGCUCAUGAAAUUGGCCACAGCUUUGGAAUCAACCAUGACGGAGUAGGAAACACCUGCAGCAGGAGUGGCUUCAUGAUGGCCUCUGACGGAGGCUACAACAGUGUGGAUUUGACCUGGUCUCCCUGCAGCAGACAGCAGCUUCUUACAUUCUUCAGUGAAGGGAAGGCUGAAUGUGUCAAAGAUCUCCCUGCAAUGGAAGGCCCCUUACAAGACUGGAAGCCUGGGCUCUACUACGGUGUGGAUGACCAGUGUCGUAUAGCUUUUGGUAGCAGUGCAAGAGCCUGCUCUUUCUCCAAUCCUGACCUGCCAGCUUGUCGUUUUUUGUCUUGUCACAUCAAUCCUGAUGAUGAUAGCUCCUGCAAACGCCUCCUAGUCCCACUGCUGGAUGGGACAGAGUGUGCUCCUAAUCAGUGGUGUCUGAAGGGGCACUGUGUGCAUCCAGAUGAUCUCAGCUCUCCUGAUGUGGUUCACGGCUCCUGGUCCAGCUGGUCUGAGUUUUCUUCCUGCUCGAGGACAUGUGGUGGUGGAGUCACACUUCAUACACGGCAAUGCAACAACCCAAGACCUGCGUUUGGAGGGAAUGAUUGUGAGGGCCCAGAUAUUGAGGCUGAACUUUGUAACCAGCAACCUUGUGAGAGCACUCAGCUGGAUUUCAUGGCAGAGCAGUGUUCCCAAACAGAUACCCAUCCCCUCUACUUGCUGACAAACAGGGCCUCCUUCUACACAUGGAUCCCUGCAUUAGGCUUUACGCAGGGGGAUGAACAGUGCAGAUAUAUGUGCCAGUCAGAUGGAGAAAACUUCAUAGUGAGCCGUGGCUCUCAGUUUGUGGAUGGCACUCGCUGUGAGACAGACAGCCCACCUCCCUUUGGUGCUGCGGCUGCUUGUCUAAGAGGCAAAUGCCAGCUGUUUGGCUGUGAUGGUGUCCUGCACUCUGGGAAAGUAAGGGAUAUCUGUGGGGUGUGUGGUGGAAAUGGAUCAUCCUGCAGAUUAAUAUCUGACUCCUACAGUGGUGGUCAGGCCAGAGAGUACACCACCUUUCUCUCUGUGCCAGUGAAUUCCACACAGGUUCAUAUUGUUAACAAGGCGCCUCUCUUCACUCACAUGGCUGUAAAGGCUGGAGAAAAGUACAUUGUAUCCGGAACGGGCAGCUUGGCUCUGAAUACAACCCACCCUUCCCCGCUGGAUGAAAACCGCCUUGAGUACCGAAUCCAUCUGACACCUGACCUUUUGCCUGAGAUGGAAGAGCUGUUCGUGCCUGGGCCUCUGCAACAGGAGAUAAAAAUACAGAUCUAUCGCAAAUAUGGAAAAGAAUAUGGGGAAAAAACAAAUCCAAACAUCAGCUACCAGUUCUACGUGCCUGAGAGAAACAGCAGCCUAACGGAUGUCAUACCUAAAGGCAAAUGGUCCAAUUUCACAACACCCUGCUCUGUCUCUUGUGGCUCAGGUGCUCAGAGGCAUGUUUAUGUCUGUGUAGAUGAAGAUACCAACAAACCUUUGGAGGAGCAUGACUGUGUGACACCUCCUCCGACCACAGCACUCUACACAGCCUGCCAUCUUGCACCCUGUCCCCCCAGAUGGACUGCAGGGAAGUUUGGGCCUUGUAGCGCUUCCUGUGGUGGGGGAGAAAGAGUGCGUCCUGUGAGGUGUGUUCAGAAACAUGGAUCUGAUGUGGUAAAGGUUUCGGAUUCCGAAUGCCCACCUGAUACGGCUCCGCAAACUGUUGAAAAAUGUAAUCUCCAGCACUGCCCUGCCAGAUGGCACGUGUCAGAGCCAGGGGAUUGUUCAGCAAUCUGUGGGCCAGGAGAAGCCAAACGGAUCAUAUCGUGUGUCCGACCUGAAGAUGGCGUGAUUGUUGAAGUCGAUCAAAGCUUAUGUUCAAAGCUGAUUAAACCACCUGAUUCUGUGCCCUGCGUGGUAGACGUGUGUCCCAUUGGGUGGGAAUCUGAGCGAAAGGAACAACCCAUCCUAAAGUCUGGUUUGUUACCACGCUCUAGUCAGCCUCGUGUUUAUGUGUGGAGCCCCGUUAUUAGCCAGUGUUCAAAGACCUGCGGUAAUGGAACCCUGCAGGUGUGGUUUUCUUGUGUGGACCAUCAAACCACACUGGGAGUGCCUGACUUCCACUGCGAUGCUUCUACUAAACCUCAUCCUAAGUCUGAGAUAUGCAGCACUUCACCCUGCCCUCCUAUGUGGCGCUCUAAGCAAGGAGUCUGCAGUGUUACAUGUGGAGGAGGGGUGGCAAACAGGGUGCUGUACUGUGCUCGAGAAGCAGAAGGGGAGGAGGAGGUUGUGGAAGAUUCAGAGUGCAGUGACUUUAACAAACCCACAGCAGUGGUAUCAUGUAACACUCACAGCUGCCCAGCAAGGUGGAAGGUAAUCAGGACUUCGCCCUGCUCUGUCUCCUGUGACCUGGGUGUAGCUCAGAGGAUUGUGUCUUGUGUCCAAUUCAUACAUGGGAAAGAGAGUGUGGUGGCAGAGGAAAACUGCCAGACAACUGUCAAACCAGCCAUCACAGUGCCCUGCUUGGUGCAAGUGUGUACCUUCAGGUGGGAGGUGAAGCCAUGGAGCCAGUGUUCAGUAUCCUGUGGAUAUGGUAUCCAAUCCAGAGCUGUGUCCUGCAUGGGCCCCUCUAAGCCAGAGCCCCUCAGCCCACUGCUUUGCAUGCACAUGCCCAAGCCAAUCACCAUCCAGGUCUGCUACAUGGGCAGCUGCAGAGAUGUGCCAUCCACAUCAGACACACCCACUCUCCUGCAUUCCCCUCUGAGCCAUAAAAACAUGGCCCAGAGUGGAAUGGGCCAACUACCUCCCAGUCCAACAGAGGCCAUUGCCAUCCCAGUGACUCAAAUGACUACCACAAUGCUCACUCCAACCCAUAAAUCAAGUGCAUGUGGACAGCUACUGCUGGAGGAAUCAGGAACAGUGGAUUUGACCAAUGUGACAAAUCGCUGCACGGUAUCUAUAGGUCGACCCCUGGAUGAGGUCAUUCACAUUAGAGUGGUAGCCAGCUCCCUGGACUGCAGAAAAAAGGAGUAUGUGGCAUUUUUUGACCGACUGGCAUUUGUGAGGAAGUGCACACAUGUGGCAGGUAGUGAACUGACCACCAGAACAAAUGUCCUUCUGGUGCGGCAAAAUCUGCUCAGUCCAGGGAACGGGGUUGUGUUUACGUACAGUUCACAGAAAAAUAAGAAGAGGAGCCACCAUCAAGAUUGCGACAUUCAGCUGUUCUCCCCCAGCGGUGUGUUUGAGAAUCCAAUAACAUCCAGCACUAACCACACCUGUCGAGUGCUCGUCAAUGCCCCUCCCUCAGUGAAGAUCAGAAUCCAAGCAGUACACAUAGGAUUAGUAUUCAACACCACAAACUCCCAGUCUACAUACAUUAUGAUCCGAGACAUGGAUGUGUUAAAGACCAACGUGUUUAAAGGCAACCAGCUGUUUCAGUGGCACUCGUCUGGAAAUAUGGCUGAGGUUGAAUUUCAUGGAGACUACCUGCAUUCCAAAGGGAGCUUCAGAGCUCAAUAUUCAUUUAUGCGUCUUUGAUGUCAGAUAUUAACUGCUUCGACACGGUUUACUUCUGCUCUGUUGAGAAGAAAGAGUUAAAGGUAUAAUAUGCAGCAGUUAUUGGUUAUCUUCAUAAACACAACACUUAUAUUUGGCCCCUCCUCCCUGGCUCCACAAAACCUGAGGGAGCAGCGGCGUUCAAGCGAGCUAAAAAGGUGAAAAGGUGAAAAGGAGCGGCGUUAACGAGAACAAAGCUGUGAAUCAAAUAGCUGUGAAAUGAAAUGUUAUUUGUGAUAACGUGAUGGUUUCACUGCACUUUUCCUCUAAAGCACUACUGUGAAGGGAGGUGCUGCAUUGCUGGGUUUCGUGUGAAUGCACCUGAAGCGCAUGCUCCACGAUGGCUGCUGUUGCCUCUGGCUCCACUCAGGCCCACCGUCAAACAGGCUUCUUUACGUAUCCAUGACACAGAGAGCAGAGAAAAAAGACAGCAACAGUAACACCCCUUGUU